AUGGCCUACUGUGGCAUAUCAUCAAAUCUGAUAGUGUACUUGACCAGGAUGCUCCAUCAAGGCACAGUCACUGCCUCCAACAAUGUCACAAAUUGGACUGGGGCCAUCUGGAUGACUCCAAUCUUGGGGGCCUACGUUGCUGAUGCACAUCUAGGCCGUUACUGGACUUUCGUCACUGCAUCUGCAAUCUACCUCUCGGGCAUAUGCCUCUUAACACUUGCAGUUUCAUUGCCCGGACUAAGACCACCUCCAUGCAAAGAUGUGAAUGCAGCAGAUUGUCCAAAGGCCUCAACACUAGAACUAGGAGUGUUCUAUGCGGCCCUCUACAUUAUAGCUUUCGCAACGGGAGGGACAAAGCCCAACAUCUCGACAAUCGGGGCUGGACAAUUCGAUGAUUUUGACCCUAAAGAGAAAGCCCAAAAACUCUCCUUCUUCAGUUUGUGGAUGUUGAGCAUCUUCAUCGGAGUACUCUUUGGUAACACAAUUGUUGUGUACAUCCAAGACAAUGUGGGUUGGGCCUUGGGCUAUGGGAUUCCGGCAGCCGGGUUGGCUUUAUCCAUUACCAUCUUCUUGGUUGGCACACCCUUCUAUAGGCACAAGAAGCCCGCUGGAAGCCCAUUUACAAAGAUGGCUAGGGUUGUAGUGGCUGCCCUGAGAAAAUGGAGGGUACCUGUCCCUAUUAACCGUCUUGAACUCUAUGAAUUGGACUUGGAAGAAUACAGCAAAAGAAGGAAGUUCAAAAUUGAGUCCACACCCACCUUCAGGUUUGCAUGA